GCGUUUUGCGUUAAUCGGAUUCGCUGGUGAUCGCGGCCGGAAGAGGUCUUUAAUUUUGGCCGCAUAUGGCGCUUAAAUCUGAAAUUGCCUAAUUUCAAGGACGCGCUCUUGUUUUCAUUUUUUCUCUUCAUGCGAAUGAUCUUGAAUUGAAAAACUGGAUGAUCAAACCGUACUCUAAAGACCCCGUGCUGUUGUUGCAGUGAAACAGGGAGCUGGAGGAGAUAUGAUGGCAUACGCUGCGCCGCAUCACUGCGCGGUUUCUGGUUAUCCGCGACGCAUGGCGUAGGUUUGCCGUGAGGAUGUGAUCGGACAGGGAUCCCUGGUUUCUCGCUCCGCUGCCUCCUCGCAGAGUCGCUCAUGAUGCCCAGAGCUUUGCGGAGACUGGUUCAUCUGGUGCUGUUCUGCCCGUUGUCCAAAGGGCUGCAGAGUCGUCUCCCAGCCAUUAAGGUGAAGUACCUUCUCCUGGCAUGGAUGGGCAUCCUCAUUGCCAGCUGGGUCAUCUAUAUGCAGUAUGCCUCCUACUCGGAACUCUGCCGCGGGCACGUCUGCCAUAUGGUCAUUUGUGAUCACUACAGAAGGGGCAUAAUAUCAGGCUCGUCCUGCAAGGCAUUGUGUGAUCAGAGGACUCUAACCCUGCAGCGUUGCAUGUCCACCUCCUCCAUACAUCAGGUGUACACUGGACUGUGGAAGGAGAGACCUGUCGUGAUCAAGUGUGGUGUUGAGGAUCCAGUGAAGACUGACGGGGCUCCAGACUCUGUGCUGAGACAAGAGAUGAGCCUGUUUGACAAGCCCACUCGUGGAACCUCUAUGGAUGAAUUUAAAGAGAUGCUGCAUAGCUUCCUAAAGGCUAACCUCGGUGAGCAGUCGUCUUUGAGCACCUUGGUGGACCGGGUCAUUACUCUAGCUGAUGUCAACCAGGAUGGCAAGGUGUCUCUAGCAGAAGCCAAGUCUAUCUGGGCUCUUCUCCAGAUCAACGAGUUCCUCCUGAUGGUGGCGCUGCAGGAGAAGGAGCACACCCCCAAGCUGCUCGGCUUCUGUGGAGACCUGUAUGUGACAGAGCGUGUGGCCCACAGCUCCCUCUACAGGCUGGAAGUGCCUCAUUACCUGCAGGCUCUGGUCCCAGAGGCUUUGAGCUCCAGCCUGAACCACUGGCUCGCACCAGCCUGGCCCCGCAGGGCUCGCAUCACCAUUGGCCUGCUGGAGUUUGUGGAGGAGGUCUUCCACGGGUCCUACGGGAGUUUCCUAAUAUGCGAUGCCAGCCCUCGCCAUGUGGGCUACAAUGCAAAAUAUGACUGCAAGAUGGCCAACCUGCGCAGUGUGGCAUCUGAGGCCGUUGUACGGGGAUUUUUGAGGGGGCGACGCUGUGAGACUAAUGCAGACUGCACUUAUGGCCGGGACUGCACGGCCACUUGUGAUCGACUAGUGAAGCAGUGUAAUACUGAGGUUGUACAGCCCAAUCUAGCAAAGGUAUGUGUGCUCCUGCAGGAUUUUCUGCUUUUCGGAGCACCUUCAGACCUCCGGGGGGAUCUGGAGAAGCAGCUACGCACCUGUGUGACACUCAGCGGUCUGGCAAGCCAGAUGGAGGUGCAUCACUCACUAGUCCUUAACAACCUGAAGACAUUACUGUGGAAGAAAAUUUCUAACACUCAGUACUCUUGAAAACAGGUGAGAUUAUCCAGCCCGUACCUCCACAUAAUACCUGAAUUAUUACAUGAACGUGAGUAGUUUUUGCUUGUGAAGCUUUGCCAAAUGUUUUCGAGGGUGGUGGUGAUUAAUGUAUUUUCACUCUACAUUGACUGUGAACAACAGGAAACUGUCAAAUAUUGAAUAUAUAACAUGAAGCGGCAGAUGAUGCACACUCACGUAAAACCUCAUAGAAGCCCCAUCAUGCAUUUAUUUUCCAAUGCAUUAUUUUGAGAAUUACAUUCAUCAGUUUAGACAUAAUAUUCUCAGGGCAAUGCCUAUGACUUUAUUUGUAAAAUAACAUGUAAGUAAAUGAUUAGUUUUCAAAAUGGUUUCAUAGAAUAUUCUUUCGUUUUGUCCCUAGCAGAGACAAAGUUAAAUUAUGACAUGGUUUGAUUGUUUUUGUACAAAUGUAAAUAUGAAGGAACAUUGUUUGUUCCUGUGUAUAAAUUAAUCUCCAUCUAAGGCAGACAUAAAGUACAAGUAAUGGAUGAAAUUGUAAAUCUAUAUAAAUCUAUAUCUAUCUAUCUAGAUAUUGAUAUAUAUAGAUAUAGAUAGAAGGAUAUGUCUAUAUGUGUGUUCACUUCAAUUUGAAUAUAUACAAUACAAGAUAGAUAGAUAGAUAGAUAGAUAGAUUAUGUAAGUGUCAAGGAAAUGUCCCCCUUGUAUUGAUCUGAUAUUAAUGUAUUCAAUUUGAAGUGAA